AUGAAGAUCCUCAUUCGUCAUUGCCUCCUUGCCGUCAUGGCCUUGGUGGCCUUGCAGGGUGCCCUUGCCGCCCCAGUGCCCGCUGAACCUGUCGCUUCUCCUGUCGCUUCCCCUGAAGCUUCUCCUGUCGCUUCUCCCGUUGCGGGAGUACCUCGCAAGGUCACCAAACGUAUCGAAGCCCGUCGUCGUCGCCGUCGUCAACGCCGCCGUCGCCGCCGCAAGAACAGGCGCACUCCCCGCCCUACACCUUCUCCCAGCGCAUCCCCUAGCGAUGCUCCAACUAUGGCUCCUACUACUGGAAAAGGGGGAAUGAUGGGUGGAGGAAUGAGUGGCAUGAUGGGCGGUGGUCCCACGGCGUACCCCGAGCCCACCUCUGCCCCAAGCCCCUAUGACACCCCUGAACCGACUCCCUGGCCAACUCGUGAGGCAACCCCGCGUCCAACCCUUAACUCAGCGAAACCAACGCCCAAUCCAACUUUGCGUCCAACUGGAGGAUCGAUGAGUGGAAUGAUGGGCGGUGCAACCGAGCCGACUCCCUGGCCAACCCGCACUGAGCCGACCCCGUGGCCGACGCCAUGGCCUACACGAUCAACUGGACCAACGCCCUAUCCAACUUUGCGUCCAACUGGAGGAUCGAUGAGUGGAAUGAUGGGCGGUGCAACCGAGCCGACUCCCUGGCCAACCAGCACAGAGCCGACCCCGUGGCCGACGCCAUGGCCUACACGAUCAACUGGACCAACGCCCUAUCCAACUUUGCGUCCAACUGGAGGAUCGAUGAGUGGAAUGAUGGGAGGCAAAGGUCCAACGGCUGCUCCGACACUUGAACCAAGUGACGCAACCCCAUAUCCCACGCCUUCUCCAACACCCUGGCCCACACGAACACCCACACCUAGCCCAACACGAUCAUCCACACCUGAACCAACUGAUACUCACAUAUAUCCAACACCUGGCGAAACAACAGAACCAACAGCUGGAGAAACAACUGAACCAACACCUGGCGCAACAACACUUCCUCCAGCACCUGAACCAACACCUCCUCCAACACCUGAACCAACACCUCCUCCAACACCUGAACCAACCCCUGAACCAACUCCUCCGCCGACACCUCCUCCAGUUCCAGUUCCAGUUCCAGUUCCAGAUCCUACAGAUCCAAUGCCUACAGAUCCCACAGAUCCAAUGCCUACAGAUCCUACAGAUCCAAUGCCUACAUGUGGUCAUGACUGUAGCUGUUUCACCUGUGAUGCGGUCUCUGUGAAUCCUUCUGACGGCAGUAUGGAAAUCACGAUUGGGCAUUGCAAGGAUGAUGACGAGAUCAGUUGGAUGUGUUGUGUUGGAGUCAAUGGAAAUAUGGAUGGGGCUAAUUGUGAUGUGAUUGGGCCUUGCGAGGAGGCGGAACUUGAUGGUCGCGCAGGCACCAAGUGUGAAGGCAUCGCGUCCAAUGAAGACUUUGUAGUCGCAGUCCCUGCUCGCACAACGUCCGUCACAAUCAACACGCAUGAUGGACAAACCGCGGGUGAUGCCAAUAAUGUAUUUGGUGUUUGUGGUGGCAUGGGAAACCAAGGAGGCGCGUGUGUCAUUGAUGAUGUCACAGCUCAUUGUUUGAUAACGUUUGAAAUAUCCCGCGAUUGUCCACUUCCUCCACCUCCUCCACCACCUCCCUGUGAUCCUGCCUUAAUGGCUUGUGGGGUUACCCCUUAA